UGCUGCUUGGCUGACUAUUUACGUCAAAAAAAUUCGAGUCCACGAUUCUCGUUAAGCAUCUGGUGGGGACAGCUGCGUUUUGUGCCAUGGAGGAUCUUCUGCUGCAAAUGUUGAAAGAGUCCGCUAAAGAUGCCAGGCUGCAGAGCCUCAAUAAGGCUGCACAGGAGGCAUGUGAAAAUGCUGCGGGACGACAGAUUUCAGACGCCCUGUGAGCCAGAAGAUGAUUCUUUAUGGCUUCCAGCUCAGAUGUUACAUGCCAUGGGUUCGAUACAUUCUCAGUCCGAUGACACCCAGACGGAUAUGCUUAAGAUACUGCUGCGAGUAGCAUGCUGUCCUUACUGGAAAAUAAAUGGUCGGCUUAUAAUUAUAAUUUUAACGACCUGCUGCGAAUCGUUUGAGCAUGGAAAUCAAGCCAUUAGAACGGCGGCACAGGCAGCUACUAGUCAGACUUUACGUUCUUUUUGUCUGUUUUUAGGUGAAGAAUGCCAAGAGAUGGACGGGAAUUCCAGUCGUAACAGUCAUGUAUGCAAACGUGAAGUGUCUUGUUUCAAUGAGGCUCUACCGAUUCUUCAGUAUAUUUGCUGCAAACUUGAUGAGGCAAAUGUGAGAAAUGAAAGUGCAGUUAUUUUUCUGCUUGAAUGUUUGCACACAUUUAUAUCAUGCCUGCCCCAAAAAAUUUAUCAAAAUACCCACUUCACGACUUUCCUUUGGCAAAAGUUCUGUCCAGUUUUAAUUGCUUUUCUUGGUACCCCUCGUGUCGAUAAAAUUUUCACGUCAUGCGAAGACAAGAGCAACACUAAGCUAGGUCAUGGCUCUGGAUACCUCAAUAGCUCGCUUGGCUUUGAUAGCCAUCAGGCAAAGACAAUUUAUAGCAUUGGAACUGAAAUGGUAAGACUGGUUGGUUGCGUUGGUCCACUUCGUCCGGUUUUGGAAUCGGUAUUUCACAGGAUGUUACUGUAUCCACCUCCCCAGCAGAGACUUGAACCACUCAAGGCUCUGAAGGAGCUCUUACGUAGCCCUAGUCGUAUAGUUGAUUUUGCAGGUCCUCUACUUGUUGAUGAUGAGAAAUCCAGCCAAUUGCAUAGUGACAUGGCACUGAUGAGGCUAGCUAUGGACUCCAUUGAAGAGUCAACAAACGUUGGCUUAUUAAAUCUCCAAGCAAGUGUAUCGUGUGUUGUAUCAAUGCUUUCGGCUCUUCAAGACCUUUGCAAAGGGAAAGCCAUUAGUUACAAGUAUACGUGCGCCAUAAACAACCUCUAUGACGAUCUCGAGUCCUGUGACUAUCGUGGCCCACUCACCUACCAGAGCAUGGCUCGCUUACCCAAAACUUACAAAGAACAGUUGGAAUUGAUAAAAAAUAGCCAUAUAUCAGAUUCAGACUCAUCAGGACACGGUCCCUCAGAGGAUGGUGAUUUAUCUGACAUAGAUAUCCCAAUCAAUCAUGUGGAAUCGAUGGCAGGUUGCCCAGAAGAUGCAUACUGUCAUCAUGAAGACAACGGUUAUGCUUUAGCAGAUGAACUUGAGCGACUUCGAUUAGAAAGAUUGCCCAAAAGCGUGCACGUAAGCAGACAUAUUGUAGAAGAGUAUAAUAUCGAUACUGAGAGGCAUAAUGCCAGGAAGUUUUUCAAGACUUUAAAGCAGGAUCUUUUGCCAAAAGUAUUGUCUCUAAGGACUAAUAUCGAGGUUGAUGAGGUACUACAAAAGUUCGCUUCAGACUAUUGUCAAGAAGUUUUUGCAGUGCAACAGAAACUUUAUUACCAAAAGAAACUAAAUUUGAAUACACGUGCUAUGAUUACAAUAAUAAAUGCAGAUGGUAUUUACUUGGCCACAUAUGCAGCUCUAUUAUUAAAUUUUAGACUGAUUCGCACGAAGUACUAUAUUGAUGACACUCAAAAAAUACCAGUUACUGAACAAGAAUUUGUGGAAGAAGUGCAUGGCGUAGGAGUUUUGGUGUAUUUAUCUGCAACUUGGCUGUCCGAGCUUUAUCAACACAUUCUCGUUUGCAAUCUUUUGGAGAAAUGUGGCUACAACCCUUCUUCCCCCGAAAAUAGUGCUCUUGUUAAUGUCCUCAUUGACAUAGAUGGUAUUACAGGAUGUCAUGCUGGUGGGCAGCUGCUUUCAGAUUAUUUGCGGCUUGAGAGAGCUCAAUUAUCCUGCAAAAAUCUAACUCCAGAAGCACAAGCUGGAGCUAAAUUUUCUAGACGUGUGUUGACUUGCUGCUGGGAUAGUAUGAUAGCAGUACUUACAGCUGGAUUGAAUCCUUGUAAGGACGAGCUUUUUAAAGGAAUCCUGUCAAAAGAUGACAGUAAGAAAGGUAUUAAGGACACCAUUGUUACCUCGCUGGAGGGUUUGCACAAAGCUGCGAUGCUUAGUAACGUUUUAGGAUUGCAAAGUCGAUGUGGUAAAAUUUUUGCUCUAUUAGCCAAAACAGCAUGUUCGGAGCAAUUGACAUCAAAACUUAGGCGUACCAAAGAUGUUUUAAGGUUGAAAUUACAAAACAAAAUAACGAAUUUGCACACAUCCCAUGCACUAAGCAUGGAAAUUCUUUUAACCAAGGGAUUAGAGCUUGGUAGUCAUGGAAGUGACUGUUGGAUACACGUUUUCACAUGCUGUUUGUUUGUGAGUAAAUUAGAACAUGAUUUUUUUGGAAAUAAUCAGGAUUUUGCGUUUCUAAAGAUGAGAAAAAAAGAUAAGAAGAAAACAAGCAUUGAGUGUAAAUCAAAUAAAGACAAAUUAAAGCUUAGUUUUAAUACUGUUGAUGAUGACUAUGACAUUUGUGUUGAUACGUAUAGUUUUCUUUCUCCACCUUAUACACAGUGUAUUACCUCGGAUACAAUUCCAGACAUAAUUCAGGAAUCAAAUGCAGAGACGCAGUUUAAUGGUAUCUUACCAACAGAUUAUGCAGCAAAAAUUGUUUGUUUAUUAUCACAGCAGGUUGAUAGACUGUAUGAAGAUGCGGUCCUCAAGUUAAACUUGUGCGCGCUUUGUUCAUUUUUGCAAGCCCUCUGUCGUGCAAGUAAAGAUCAACUUUUCAAAAGCACCAACAGUUUGCAAGAAAGUUGGAAGAUCUGGUGGCCUAAAAGCAAACGUCGAGAUGACGAGCUAAACAUUCUCUUGUUGUCAAGGCUUGGAGAAGUUAUGUCAAAGUGCGUAAAAAGUGGUAGACCAUUGAUUCACAUAAUGCGAGUCUGGAGCAUUCUUGGGCCACACUUUAUGGAAGCAGCCUGUCACAAAGAUCGUAUAAUUUCCAAGAAAGCAGUCGAAUGCAUACAUAAUUCAAUGGCAGUACUACUUAAUGAUCAGCUCGAACAACCUCAUUUUCACUUUAAUGAAGCACUCUUCAAACCCUUCGAAAAUCUUCUCUGUCUUGAGCUCGUCGACAACGAUGUUCAAGAUCAGAUUGUCAGUUGCAUCUGUGAGUUUGUAGAAACUAAUCGUACAGAGAUCAGAUCAGGCUGGCGUCCACUAUUUGGAGCUCUUAAGGUUGCCUCAGUAGGUAGUGCAGUUUGCGUAGAAUCUGCUCCACUUCUAGAAGUGUUCCGUGUCUUUCUUAGCACAGACAAUACUCUUGUAUUUGCGAAUGCUGCUCUUGAUUGUAUACUUUGUCUUCUAAGACACGUACGUGGUAUUGGAGAACCUGAAACACCGAUUACUGAGGCUGAUACUGAUCACAUGAACGAACAGGUAAACAAUGUUGACGGUCGCAAGAUGCGUUUUUGCUUAGAAAGCCUCAAGUAUCUACUAAACUGUAGCGAUAUCCUUGCAUCGAUGUAUCAUAUGCCUGCCUGCCCAACGUUCUAUGCAGCCCAGCGUAUUCAAAUAUCUGGUCUGCCCCAAUAUGUAGAUCCUAUCAUUCCUAAUCUUGAAGUGGCAAGAUUUGACCGUAAAACAGACUCGCUGCAGAACUGUGGGCCUGAAGUUUCAUAUGAGCUGCUCACAACUGUACCUGAUCCACAAGCCCUAAGUUUACAGAGUAUGGAUAAGCCAAGUGGGAUUUUAAGAGUAUGGUAUUUGCUAAUCGAAGGAUUGGUAAGUGCCACAAUGAUCAGUCCUAGGAGAUACCAACCACAUACAUUAGAGACACUGUUUCAUAUACUUAGAAACAUCUUAAAAAUACCUGCACCACUUUUUGGAUUAUAUUGCAUCAACCAUUUGCUGUUACCAAUGGUUCAGAGUUGGUUACGAAAAAUGUCUAAAAUUUACAGAGGUUGGGAUAACUUUGCUCCUAAUUUUAAACAGUGCUGUGGACUUACAACUGAUUUAGUAGUCGAUUUUAUAGCCCACCUGCAGGGACCAGAUGCAAAGAAAAAUGAAGAUUUCCUUCAGCCUACAACUUUGAUGUUGAAACAACUAUUCUUGGUAAUGGCAGAAUGUGUUGCUCAACCUACAGAAAGUAUUGCUCGUCUUGGUUGUGCUUGCAUCCGACACGUCUUAGUGAGCAGCGGACCAAACCUUAGCCCUGAGCAGUGGGAAGUGUGUGGAGUCGCAUGUCACCGUGCCUGCUCAAUUUCACUACAGGAGUUGCACCAGCUUAUGAUGGCAUUUUCGGAACGAUCCGAAUCAUUCAAUGGGGAUAUUGCACAUGUAAAGGUUGCAGCACGCCGAGAUGCUACACUUGAAGAGACCAAGAGAUUAAGACAGUUGGCUGCACAGGUAUUUCUUAUGGAGGAACAAAGACUUGAAGAAUUAAGUGAACCUCCCGACGAAAAAUCAUACAUCUUUCUACUUUAUCCACCAUCGGUCACCUCCAGUCUUAAUAGACUUAAUCCUGAGCUGUAUAUUGUACGUGUGCAAAUAAGGGCUUUGGUGGUCAGUUUACUUGUUCAUCAGAUGCUAUUGCAGUGCAUUGCUAAUGUACUAUUGCAAAAUUGUGAGACUUCUUCACCGAGCUUUUCCAGUGUACUAAUGAGCCCAAUUGUCUCACCAAAAUUAUGCUGUUUAAAUGACUUUCUCGACAGUAUAGAUUCCCACCAUAUGGAUACUUUUAUAUCGGCCCUGGAUCUAUCAUAUACUACAGCACUAAAAUUUGACUCUCGACCAGGUCUCAAAUUAUUAAUGCAAAAAGUUGCUGGUCUGCAACGACCAGCUAAUUUGUACCAUCAAGCUAGAACUGCGUGGACGGCUAAAGUAUUUUCUCUUAUUAAGCUGUGUCUAAAGGAGAUAGUUCGAAGUUGCGCUGAUUUGGAGACAAUUCAAAAUAUUCUGAAAAAUAAAUUGCAACCUGAUCCAAAGUACAAGGUUCUUUUAAAGUAUUUACUUUUGCUGCAGACCACAUUCGAUGAGUUGUGUGGAACGUAUGUGGAUAUAGCUUUGGAUCGAGACGGAAGAUACACAAAAGUAGACUCAAUGGCGGGCAGAAAAUUCUUGCUCCUUGUUUCACAGCCUGACGAGUUAGCAGAAAUUUCAACUUAUUCUGUUGAAACGAAAAACGGACGUGAAAAUCACCACGUAGUAUACGGUGUGACACCAAAUUCUGAAAAUGAUUAUCAAGAUGAAGAAGAAAGCAACACAGCAAAAGAUCUAGAUGACACUUUCUUAAAAGAUCUGGGUGUAAAUUUAGUUGAUGAGAAAGAUGAGGAGAUGCCUCCUUUUCGCUUAUCCGAUCUUACAGCUGAAUACUCUUCAGAUUCUGGACCACAGUCAGAGCCCCAAACUGACGAGGAUGAUUCCCGUCCAGUAUCUCGCUUGGGAUCUAGUAAUUCACGAAUAGCCUACAUUGAUCGUUCAGGUGGUACCACGAGUGAAUAUUUGUUUGGUAGAAGUGAAGAUUUUGUUGUUGACACUCCAGAGCUGCAAAAAGAGGGAAAUGAAACUCUGAGGUCUAAAAGUAUUAUGAAAAACGUUAGUUUCUUUACGACAGAAAAACUGUUGUGUAACAAAGCUGAUGACGUACCUCAAACACUUUUACAGGAGAGAAAAAGAAGCAGUGACGACUGUCUGCUGUCAAGACGGUACAAUCUCAAAUUUUUACGAGGAAAUGAGAAUGAUUUAAUCAAUGAUGACACUUCAAGUCCGUACUUCCGUUCAAAGUCCAUGGUGGAAUUGCGCAGGAGAAAAAAUCACGACAACGUUCUGCGCCAAACCUCUGAUACCACUCACGAUGUAAAAAAGACUACCCAACUUUACCAAUAUGAAGAUUCCGUGGACAACGUCAAGAAACUUUUGGAGGAGUAUGAGAGGAAUAAACUUGGCUUCCGCAUUAAUCCAUUUCUUCAAGACGAGCAGCAAAAAAUACUGAUGGGAAGACGAUGCAUGAGCAGUUUGGAUGAUGACAGUCUCUUUAAACAAUAUGUAAACAGGGAUAGUCAAUUGCAUCAGAGAGUAUGGGCUGAGAUAAUUGUGGCGUCAAUUCAUUUCGCUCUUGCUUUGACGGACGAGCAAUUAUCGCCUCUGCUCCCCAUAUUAGUAAGUGGUGUUAGAAUUUUGACGCAACACGUUCACGAACCUAUGCUCCAGCAGUGCCAAUCAGAUCUGUUCCAGCGCAUCGCUUACAUCUACAAAUUGGGUACCGGCUAGAGAAAAACUGAUCAUUUUCCACUAUGGUAUAAAAGUGUUGGUUACCUAUUGCAACAUGCGAUUUCAUUUUUUAUCGUGGGCCAGAAAACUAUUUGUUGCAAGAUGAUAUUUAUUUUUUAAACUAAAAGGUUUCCAGUAUUGUAUAUUAAAGAGUGUUAUAAUUUUUGAAGAAUGUAUUACUGAAACAAUAAUAAUUUAAUGAAAAAUCUGGCUAAAUUGUUUAAAAAUAUUGAGUUAACUUAGUUAAAUUAUAUGAUAAGAAAGAUAAAAAUUAAUGCUAGAAGGCUCAAAAUCCUGAUCAAUUGUACAUGAGAUUAAACAAAGUUCUAAUAGAACCAAAUUAAUAACAAAUGCUUUGCCUUAAAUAGCCUUGUCAUCUCUAUUAUUUCAAGAUAAAAUUACUUGAGUUCAGUAAAACUAAUAAAGUAUUUAAAGAAGCAUUAACUUGUGAUUUUAUAAGAAGCCCGUGAAAUUAGCUACGUCCUAUUAUGUUUGUCAUUUGGAUAUAACAAAAAAAAAUUUCUUGUUUUCUAAUAAUCUCUGUAGUGUAGAAAGUUUAGCAAACAUAUUGAAAAAUUGUUAUUCAAAAAAUUACAUUUAUGCUGCAUUUUAUAAA